AUGGCAAUGCGCACGGCGUGCACGAACGGCGUACCAGCGCACAAUAGGCACAGCCAUGUCGCUCGCGUGAUGCGCCCGUGCUUUCGGAACGUGCGCACCAAGGGCGGUGUUUACGUGCCAUCAGACAGCUUCGGGGGUCAGAGUCCUGAACGAAAGGCUGCCGGUAUCCUGCGGACAUUCUUCACCUUCGUUGCCGCGAGGAUGCGACGAAAAGCUGAUAAGGGCGACUUGUCCCUGUGCUGUUUAUUGGGGCUGUUGGCAAUGCCACCCAAUGUGCCCAUGAAGGACGGCGACGAGUGGCUGGCACUGAUCACGAGGCAAAACACAUCACUAGGGCUUCGGCUCAUGGAAGUCCGCGACCACUACUGCGAGGAGGCCUUCGAGUGGGACCAGCUGCAGCGGCUGGCCAAGAAGGACAUGAAGGGCGCCAACACGAAGCUCAUGCGCCAGUUUGCCGCCGCCAGCCUCGCAGCCUCCCUCACAGCGGAUGAGGCGGCCGCCAGCUCUCGCUCCUUGGCCGGGUGGCGGUCGGCCGCAGAAGCUGACGGUGCCAGCGGGGGCGCUGCUGCUGAUGCCAGGGAUGCACCGGCGGCUGCAGCCCCAACCGGUGCCGAUAGGGGCACGACGGACAGAGGGGCCGCCGGCGGUGGUGAGACCGCCAACGCUUCGGAGCAGCUUGUGGUUAACAGCGGUGGUGGCGCCCCAGAGGGCAGGAGCACUUACGCCGGUGAACCCGCUGCAGGUGCCUCCUCGCCCACCACCGGCAUUGAGCCUUCCGCAUCUUCUAGCACGCGGCCUGUGGACUUCCCGCCCGCAGCUCCCUCGGAGGGCCCCAGCGAACAUUCUGACUUGCCACAUGAGGAUCCACCACCUCCCGCUUGCCCCCCGCCGGUGUGCUGA